CAAUUUGUCGAUUCAUCAACUAGCGAAGACUCGUUGGAUUCGGUAUCGACAACCAUUCGCCUGCAACCGUCUGGUUACGCUUCCGAAGGCAACACAUUGGAUCGAACUGAACGGCACGAACAGCAGGGCAAGGGUGAAGAUCAAUUCGAUGUGGUGAUCCCACUCGAAAAUGAAGGCCUCACAAGUGGAGAGAAAAUUAAGAAAUACGAUGAAAACCAGAAAACACGAAUCAGCUCUUGCUCGGUGACGAGCCCUCUGGCUACGUAUCCGAAGGAGGCA